UGAGAAGUAAAUAAAGUGAGAGUGCGAUCGACUGAAAGAAAUAGAUUGUGUGAGACAGUGAGUUGGAGCGAUAGAAGGACACAUACAGAGGAGAGACUGAGUGAAAGGACAGGGUGAUAGAGAGAGGAAUGGAGAAGACAGUGAUUGAGUGAAGGGGAGAGGAAAGUGAGAAAGGCAGAGAGGGCAGCGGAAGAGAGAACAGCGAGAGAGGGAGGGAGAGAGAGGGCAGCCAGAGAGGGAGAAAGGACAGCCUGAGACAGAGAGAGAGAUAUAUUUAUAUAAGACAGCGAAGGAGAGAGAACAGCCAGAGGGAGAGAGAGAGAGGGCAGCCAGAGAGAGAGAAAGGACAGCCAGAGAGAGAGAGAGGGAUAUAAAAGACAGCGAGGGACAGAGAGUGAGAGGGAGGACAGUGAUAGAGCACAGACUGAGCGAGAGAGACCAAGUGGGGCAAGGAGCAAGACUGCAGUCCACGGGCAGUUUAUUUCUACAGAACCCAACACCCCCCAGCAAUGCCUCCCCAGGUGACCGAGCAUUUAGAGGGGGAUGAAGCUAGUUCAUUCCUCCAGAGUCACCACACUCCCCUAGAUCGGGUUCUGUGGAUCUUUGGUUACGGCUCCCUGAUUUGGAAACCGGAUUUUGAAUUCACCUCAAGGAAGAUUGGCUUCAUCCGUGGUUACAGCAGGAGGUUCUGGCAUGGAGAUUCUUAUCACCGAGGCAACCAGGAGACGCCAGGCCGUGUUGUCACUUUGCUGGAAGAUGCUGAUGCCAACACAUGGGGAGUGGCCUAUGAGGUGCGAGAUGAUCAGAUCAGGACUUCGCUGGAGUACCUGAACCUUCGGGAAAGCGUGCUUGGGGGAUACAUGUGCAAGACUGUGGAAUUCUUUCCUCAGGGGAUGGAGUCCUAUGCCAGCAUCUUGGCCCUGGUUUAUAUUGCCACGCCUCAGAACCCGCUGUAUCUGGGGCCAGCCAAGGCUGACGACAUAGCCAAGCAGAUUGCUGGGUGCAGCGGCCACUCGGGACACAACCUGGAGUACCUGCUCAGACUGUCACAGUUCAUGCAUGCCACAUGCCCAGGGGUAGAGGAUGAGCACUUGUUCUCAAUUGAAGCAGCUGCCCUGGCACUCUCGUUGCCCCUGGCAGAUGGACAAGGUGAUCGGCAAGAGUAGGCAACACUCGUCUAGCUACCAAAUUCAGCAAGUGUGCCGGCUUCACAUCCUGUUCACCAGUAUUGGCAUAUGCUAGAACAUUACAUACGAUUGAGUGGAUGGACCGACCAGUCUUAGUUGCUGAAAGCUCAAGAGUUUUUCCAAAAUGUUGCUGCUUGACCAGCUGAAGCCCAAAUUUUUCUUGGAACGUUUGAACUGGAGACUUGAUACAGUGUGGACCAGAAUCACAUGUACCUUCCAGCUACUGAUUUCCAGGAGACUUUCUAUCCAGCUGCACGUGUUGGAAGAGUGUGUUUGAGCCUGGUGCCUGUACUGGGGUUCUAGGCUCUGCUGAAAUACUAUAUGCUGGAUUUCCAUGUCUAAUUCUAUAUUGAUAUCACA